AUGAAGCCAGAUUUCUUCAAAAAUCUACCACCAGAAAUCAUCACCGAGAUCUUCUUAAGGCUACCUGCUGUAAGCAUUCCAAUAAGCAAAUGCGUUUGCAAGCGAUGGCUCCAUCUGCUGGAGCCUGAUGAUUUUAUCGAGUCUCAUUUUGCCAGAUCCGCUCCGGCCCUAGUUGUUUUGGGGGAUUCAGGUGGGUUGAAAGUUUUGGAAUUGGAAGGCGAGCUCGAUCUCCAUCUCGAUCCACUCACCCAGUAUGAUUUCCCUUACCACCCAAGAAAAAUAAUAAAUUGUGUUAAUGGUUUUCUUAUUCUAAGAAAGUGUGGUUUUGGUGUUCUAAUGGAGAGUGUUGAUUGGCUUUGUGUAUGCAAUCCGAUCACUCGUGAAGUUAUUAAGCUGGAUCUUCCUCCUCUAAUGGAUUCGCAGCAUCCGUCUUCAGAAGAAGUAGUUGCUUUUGGAUUUGGGGCAAGCAAAAUCACUGGCCGAUACAAGGCGGUCAUUAUUAAAUCUAAUGACUAUGAUGAAGAAUCGGAUUGUCAUGUAUACACUCUUGGAACAGGAUCUUGGCGACGCCUUGAAGGUAUUCCGGGUGUGUACCAGUUUGGUGAAGGUGCAUUUGUUAAUGGAAAUCUCUAUUGGAAAGCAUCCAUUCGAAAAGAAGCGACAUGGAUUUCUUGCUUUGAUGUUGAAACAGAAUGUUUUAGCUUCUUUAAAGCUCCUCCUUAUGAUGCUCAAGGAUUGCCCUUCUUAAGAGGAAUGUGCAUUUCUGCUAUGAGCGGUUGCCUAUGGUUUUGCAAGGUAGCAUCCGAAUAUGGAUACGGAAAUGAUGGUGGGCGACGCGAGCUUACUAUAUGGAUUAUGAAGGAAUACGGAGUGGACGAAUCUUGGAGCGAGGAAUAUGUGAUCCCCAUUGAUGAUGGCAUGAGUUUUGUUGAGCCCAUCGAAGUUUUCGAAAAUGGCGACCUAUCGAUGUUAGUGAUGGCAUACAGCAAAUCCCGGUGCCUUUUCCACUACUCUAACAAGACUAAAACUAUGCAAAGGAUUGAUUUGUUUGGUGCUGACGGUGUCGAGUGGUUAACAUUUCCACUCACCCAGUAUGAUUUCCCUUAUCACCGAGUAAAAAUAAAGAGUUCUGUUAAUGGUUUGCUUGCUCUAAGGAUGUGUGUUGAUGUUGAUCUAAGGGUGCCUGUUGAUAUGCUUUCUGUAUGUAAUCCGAUCACUCGUGAAGUUAUUAAGCUGGAUCUUCCUUCAAAUCCAGAACUACCUUCAGAUGGAGUAGCUGCUUUUGGAUUUGGGGCAAGCAAAAUCAUGCUUUGA